GCGCUGACUCAGCAUAAAGAUCCGCUCCAGAUCACCGCAGCAGUCCUUCUUCUGCAGUCAGCCGAAGUCCUCUUGAGCUUCACUCAGGCAGGCAUGGUUCUCCUGUCCGUCCUCACCCCUGUCCUGGCGCUGAUCUUGUGUUUGGUUUUGGGCUUCAUGCUGGUGCAAUCUUGGGGAUCGGAGGCCACAUCGACAGAAAAAAACAAAGGAGCCACAAAAGGAGACUUUAGGCCGUGGGUAGAUCAGGACCUGCAGGAUGACACAGAAGUAGGAGCAGAAGGAGAAGAUGACUGGGUGGAUAGCAGGGAAGUGGAGGACCUCGCUCACGUGCCAUACUCACCUCCUCGCUACCCAGAGGAGACGAUGCAGCAGAGAUCCAAGGACUUCUACACUUUAAUGAACCAGAGGAGGUCUGUCCGGUUCAUCAGUCCUGAGCCGGUUCCACGCCGAGUUAUUGAUGAUGUGAUACUCACUGCAGGCACAGCCCCCAGUGGAGCUCACACAGAGCCGUGGACGUUUGUCGUGGUGUCAGAUCAGGAGACGAAGAGUCAAAUCAGAAAUAUAGUGGAGGAGGAAGAGGAAAUGAACUACAGACAAAGGAUGGGUGACAAAUGGGUCAACGAUUUAGCCAAAUUCAGAACCAAUUGGAUUAAGGAGUACUUAGAUGUUGCUCCAUAUCUGAUCCUCAUCUUUAAACAGACUUAUGGGAUUCUGCCAAAUGGCAAAAAGAAGACACACUAUUACAAUGAGAUCAGCGUCUCCAUAUCCUGUGGAAUCCUGUUAGCUGCCCUGCAGAAUGUGGGUCUUGUUACAGUCACAUCCACCCCUCUCAACUGUGGCCCUCAGCUCCGACUACUUCUUAAAAGGCCAGCCAACGAGAAGCUGCUGCUGCUGCUUCCUGUGGGCUAUCCUGCCACCGAUGCCACCGUCCCGGACUUGAAGCGCAAAAGUCUGAAUGAGAUCAUGGUGCACAUUUGAAGAUAUCUAAAAAAUAAAUAAAAAAUACUUAUCUAUCUUAAG